CUCCUUCUCCAAACAUGGCGCCGGCUCGCUGCUGGGCUGCCUCCCCGACCGACGACGCAGAAAAGCAGAGAACGACGCGCGGAAGGAGCGCGUAGGAACCUCCUGUAACCUCCUCCAGAACCUCUUUUCACACUAACUCCACCCCGCGGAGUCCGCAGGGACCCACCGGAGACUUUUGCGCGCAGCCUGUUUGUUUGGAGACGGUUGCGCGUCAGGCUGCGUGCGUAACGGGGAGCUCACCUGUCCGACGAAGGUAGAUUUCCCUCCGUGUGUUGGAGGAUGUGAAUCUCCCUGAUUUCCUCCGCGGCUACGGAGCAGAGAGGCGGAAUAUCUGCGGGAGAAAACAUGCGCAGCGCUCUGAGGAGAGGGGCCACAGGCGCAGCAGAGGACUGAGACUUUCCACGGAGGGAAAAAACACGUUUUCCACUCUUCCAGGAUGGAUGGAGAACAUUCUGCUCUGUCUGGGGUGGAGAGGGAACGAGAGAGGCUUCCGCCGAUCUACACCAGCUCCACUCCUGCUGUUUUGGGACGAGGACCCAAGCAGCCGUUUCCGUCUCUGGGAACCUUCAUCUCCUCCCUAAGCCAGAGGAGGGACGCAGGAGGGCGGGGCUUGGCUGUUGGCAUCGGGGGCACCAUGACCGGCUCGGUGGGGUUCAGGCACACAGUCAGGGAGCUGCCUCCCAUCUGCAGCGACGUGCGUCAGAAGCAGCGGUUCUCCAUCGACACGCUGCCCCCAGAGGCCAAAGCUCCUUUCCCCUGUGACCCCGUCAUCCCGCUGCGCACCAAGACCAGCAGGGAGUUCCAGGAGGACGUGGACCGAGCCGUCCAAUCAGGCGACUGGAGGGAGGUCAGAGACUUCUACCUGACAACCUUCGACUCCUUCAUAGAAAUCAACGCCGCCUUCAAGAGAGAGGCCAACGGACUGUUUAACACUAUCGAGGACUCAGGGGUCAACGGAAAGUUCGUCAACGCGGUUUACGACUCGCUCCUCAGCACACCUCAGGACAUCCAGAAGUCAGUUUUAAAAGGGAUCAUCAACAGCCUGCUGAGAGAGUGGAAAGGGCCUCGGACAAAAGACGACCUGCGAGCAUAUUUCGUUCUGAUUCAGAACCCGCAGUAUUCCAGCACCAGCACCUACGUGAUCUUUGCUCACCUGCUGAGGCAGAUGGCGGCGUUGUCCGAGGCCGACCACCACUUCCUGGUCCACUGGUUCAAGAGGCUGUCAGCGAGGCGCUUCCGGCAGCUGGUGGAGCGCCUCCUGCAGUUCGUCUCCACGCGGCUGCUUCCUGCGGAGCCAGACGAGCUUCCUCCCCUGGCCAAGUGCUCCUGGUGGAUCCCCUCGGCCACCAAAGUCCUCAGCCUGUUCAACGCAGCCAACAGCAUUUCCUCUCCUCCCAUCAUGCCCUUCACCGACUUCUACAACAUCACCCUGGAGCACGUGGACUUCAUGGAGGAUUACAGAACCUGGCAGAACCACGGCAACUCAAACAGGUUUUCUUUCUGCCAGUUUCCCUUCAUCCUGUCGACGGUGGUGAAGAAGGCCAUCAUCCAGAAGGACUCGGAGCAGCAGAUGAUCAGCCAGGCCAGGCUCAGCCUGGUGAGCAAAGUGUCCCGGAGGCAGAGGGUGGACAUGCACCUCCUCUUCCUCAACAUCAAAGUUCGACGAGCACAACUCCUCAGCGACUCGCUGGAUGAGCUGAUGAGGAAGCGGUGCGACCUGAAGAAGAAGCUGCGGGUGACAUUUGUCGGGGAGGCGGGGCUGGACAUGGGCGGCCUGACCAAGGAGUGGUUCCUGCUGCUGGUUCGUCAGAUCUUCCACACCGACUACGGGAUGUUCUCCUUCAUGAAGGACUCGCGCUGCCACUGGUUCAGCAGCUGGAAGUGUGACAACUACUCGGAGUUCCAGAUGGUUGGGACUCUGAUGGGCUUAGCCGUUUAUAACAGCAUUGCUCUGGACAUCCACUUCCCUCUCUACUGCUACAGGAAGCUCCUCACACCGCCCACUGUGCCAUCUGACCCCAAUGCCUACAUAGGGAUGGCAACGGCCACUUUGGAUGACCUGCAGCAGGUCAUGCCAGAUCUGGCUCACGGGUUGGCGGAGCUGCUGAGCUACGAGGGAAACGUGGAGGAGGACUUCUACCUCACCUUCCAGGUGUUCCAGGAGGAGAUGGGUGUUGUCAAAUCCUACAACUUGAAACCCGGAGGAGACAAGAUCCCUGUCACCAAGCAGAACAGGAAGGAGUAUGUCCAGCUCUACAUCGACUUCCUGCUGAAUAAAUCCAUUUAUAAGCAGUUUGCUGCCUUCUACCAUGGCUUCCACAGUGUGUGUGCCUCCGACGCCCUCAUGCUGCUGAGGCCUGAGGAGGUGGAGAUGUUGGUGUGCGGGAGCCCGGAGCUGGACAUGACUGCUCUGCAGAAAGCUGCACAGUAUGAAGGCUACAGCAAGAUGGACGCCACUGUCAGGUGCUUCUGGGACGUGGUGCUGAACUUCCCCCUGGAGCUCCAGAAGAAGCUCCUGCACUUCACCACCGGCAGCGACCGCGUUCCUGUGGGAGGAAUGGCCGACCUGAACUUCAAGAUCUCCAAGAUCGACGUUCCGGCUGAUUGGCUGCCGAUCUCUCACACCUGCUUCAAUCAGAUCUGUUUGCCUCCAUAUCGAACCCGGAAGGAGCUCAAACACAAACUCACCAUCGCCAUCUCCAACGCCGAGGGCUUCGGCCUGGAGUGAUCGGUCUGCAAACACGGAAACACUAACAGACGCUGUUUGCAUUGUGUCUGCCAUGGAUCUCUGUGUAUCAGGCUGCAGAGGAAAAAAGUGGCUGAAUAAACAGGUUCCAUUGUCUCAUGAUAGGCAGAUAAGACCGGAGCCUUAGCUCAACAACAGCUGAGUAACAGCUCUAUAAACCCCCCAAUUUGCACUUGGACUCUGUUGGUUCUGUUCUUAAACCACCCAGAUAGAAGGAAACCAAACGAAGGCAAAUCUACAAGUCUGUGCAAAAGCUUUAAGAAGUAUAAAUGUUUAUGUUGGUGUUGCAGAGCUCAGUCUGAAGAGACAGAACCACAGUCUUUAAGUGCCUUAAGGAGAGGAAAGCUUUUGCUGCUUCUAAACCAGACAUUCCUGUUUUAGUCCAAUGGAAAAAAACUCUAAUAAUUUUUAAAGCUUUUUGCACAGUAUUGUCAAUGUUAUCUGGAAUAUAACUCGGAUUCCUUCACAAACCAAAUUCUAGUCUCUAAACAGUCGAAAUGAUUUUGAGAAUUAGCAGUUAAAAUUAUUAACAUAUUGAAAUGUAACUUGUUGAUCCCCGAAAAGUCCGAUCAUCAGCAGGUAGUAACAGGAGAGCUGCUGAGUUCACAUAGUUUAUUUUUGGAGAAAGCAGAAAGAUUUGGUUGUGAAGACCAUAAAAAACCCGAAUCAAUAGCCUCCUCUAAUGGCCGCCAUAUUAGAUUUCAAUAUGGCCGCCAAGUAUGGUUUUUAAUUAUGACUUCUGUUUAGCUGAUCAAAUAUCAAGAAGGGUGUCUAUACCUUUUAGAGAUGUUGGUGAAAAUGCACAUCGGUUGUCUACGAUCUGGGUUUAAAAAUGGCUGAAAUAGUUUUAUUUUUACAAUUCAAUUCAGGCUGUUUAUUUACAAGGCGACAUCUCAAUAGUGGCGGGCACAGAUGACCAAAAUGUUAGCUUCACAAUAUUAGCUUCGUAGCCGUUAAACUAAAGAUAAAUGAGGACAUUUGAGGACGCUAACGCUAGCUGCUAGCAAACGGCUGUCACUCAUUCCGUGUCACACGUCUUCAGACCAAAGGUGCUGAAUGUUGAAGAGUUGAAGGAACUGGACAGGGUUCCAGUUCUGCUGUACGGUUUGACGGAUUCUCAGAUUCCUUACGGGGAUUGUUUGGGAACAACGUUCAGAGAGAGUUUGAGCAGGUUCUCAAACUCGUUAAAACUGCUGACACCCUGUGUCUGGUGAUUCAAAACUUCCCAAGCCGUAUUGGUUUGGAACAAGUUAUCAUAGAAGGAAAAAGAAGGAGAAAUGCUUCUAAUGACUAAAUGUAACAACCAAAAUCCAAAGAGUUUGAAGUUAUUUAGGCUGCUGUUCAGAAACGGCUGCCUUGGACCUGGACCUGUGGCUCUUCUGUCUGAAUCUUCAUCAGAAGUUGGACAAACAUGGACCACAAGGCUGACCUUGUACUUUGAUCUUAGCAGAACUUUACAGGUACUCCUACUAUCUUUUGGUGGCAUCAACCUUUUUUGCACCAUGGACCAGUUUAAUGUCAGAAAAUAUUUUCAUGGACUGUGCUUUUUUAAUCUAAUAAUAAUAUAAUAAAUAUUCACAAAUAUAAAGUGAAGUUGAAUCAGUAGGAGAUUGUUUCUCUGCUACAAGACGGUCUUAUCUAGGGGUGGUGGGAGACAACGACAUCCGAAGGUUGCUCCUGCCCAAUCUACCUCGUAAUUUAACUUUCUCUUGUUGCAGCAGUCCUGGCGUACCUUUAAGGUCGCCGUCAUUCUGCCGCCUCUCCCACAGGUUCAUGGUGAAUGUGUUCAGUGGCGGCAUGGAUCAGUUGUUCACCAAUAGCUAACGGCAUCUCAGCCUUAGCAACACAGCUAGCUAGCCACCAGCAGACAUGCAUCAAUAGUCUUAGACAGAUGCAACGGACAAAAUCCAGCCGGUUUUCUCAAUCAGUUGGACGCAGAUAUAUAUAUUUUUUCUGUACGGCCCAGUGGUGAAUGACCCACAGACCAGUACCAGUCCACGGGCCAGAGGUUGAGAACCACUGGUGUAAGUGACAUAAAUCAGAGUGAAAAUGGUGGCCAUCUUCAAACCCAACACAAUUGAACGUCCAAUCAAGACCAACAUCUGACUCUAAAAACAUCUGUUUAAACACCUAAACUGGUAUUUAAUGAGCUGCACAGCAGAAGUUCAUCAUCAAAUACCAUUUAUGGAAUUUAAAUAUGGUAGCCAGGCAGGGAGGCUUAUAUUUUAGAGUUCAAUUAUCUUGACUUCCAGUCAUAUCACCCAAAAAAGCUCAAAUUUCUGCUAAAGAUUUAACUACAGAGGCUCCUUUUUAUUGUUUCUCAGGUAUUCAUCUAAUCAAACUUGUUUUCUGAACUCAAAUGAUCCUGUUUAUUCUGUUGGUUCUAAACUGAGUAAAAGGGAGUUUUCAGAAAUAAUUCAGUUGUUGAGGUUGAACUGAGCAUGAAUCUCAGCGUACGUAAGCUAGCUUGUUAGCAUGUAGGGUUUAAUGUUCCCUGUUAGGCGUUAGUCCUGGCUUCUGACACUUUAUGAGUUGAUUUCCUGAAAUGUUUUUACCUGUUUGCUUUGUCUGCAGCACACUGUUGAAGGCUUUACCCUGAGAAGAAUGCUUUUGUAUAUUACGGGACGUAGCUUCUCGCUCCUUUAGUUUGACAUUGCGGCCUGUUUUAUGGAACAGCGGCUGCAGCACAAGUGUUAUUUAGUCGUGUUUUAUCCAGGCUGCCGUCGGUCUGAGUGCUUUUUAGCAGACAGGCACUGGUCAACGAUGGUUGAAUGCUGAAAGAAACCAUCGUCCACAUGUGCUAUUAUGUUUGUGUGCUAAGUGUUUUUAAAUUAUUACACCCUGUUUAAAGUCGACUGUUUAGUCAGGGUCGCAGGAAUUCUGCAAACCUAACAAUGUAAUAUUAGUUACUAGUUAAUUACUAAAGGAUCCUUGGUGGUGAUUUCCCAGCAAUAUUUCCCAUUUAUUCUCACUCCACUUAAUGCUCAAUCCAGAUCUACCUGCAGGACUGUAACUAACACUUUAAUUGGUUGACCCAUUUCCAAACAUACUCUACUAAUUUUGACUUCAGUUUACCUGGGAGGUCAAAAACUUGAAUCUAAUAUAAACGCAGUGGCACUUAAAGUGAGCUUUUACAGCACUGUGUGUGCACAGUUUAAUUAAUGUGGUAAAAACUGGCACAGGUUCAGGGUGAACAGACGUCCCUGUCACCAGAAACAUGCCUGAUAUUUUCUGGAUGAGAAACAAAAUGUGCGCGCUGGACUGGGAGCCGUCUUUACAGAUCUAAAAAAUCUCAACCAGUUUUAAACGGCGUCGCUUUCAUUAGAAGUUAAUAACAAAAACCAAAACUGCUGAUUUGGUCCCUAACAGAAGAGCAUCUGUGGUUCAUUCUUAGAAAACAUUAAAUAUGGCCAGUUUCAACAGUAGUUGUGGAAAAAAAGAUGAAUAUGUAAUGCUUAACUAAUGAUUCUUUAAUCGUUGCCUAAUUAACAGUCAGUAGUGAUAGUUAAUCAUUGGCUGUUAACUAAUAAACUGAACAUUGGGCUAUAAAAAUGUAAUUUAUUAUUAAUAUUAUUAAUACAGAUCAGACUGGCUAAUGUUUAGGCUGCAUUAGUUAAUGCCUUCAUUAAAUACCAACCAAAACUAUCCAGUAACUUGGUGCCAGAAACUAAUGGGCAUGAGAAAAUGUCAGCUAGGCCUCUGAUUGGCUCCUGCCUUAGUAGCGAACGUCUAACUAUCGUCGUCCUGACGUUGGCCGAGGUAAAUGUGUCACGUCCUGCAGGCCAGGUCCAAGUAACCAAGGAGCCGUGGAGCUAUUUCUACAACCGCUCUGUCCAAAUUUACCCGGGUCUAAACCGGGCCCCUCAUUCAGGCGGCGGCCCCGCUGAGGGGCUGUGGAGGCGCGUCACUCAACGACCGCUUCAGGUUCCCAAACAGCCCGGCGUAGCAGCAGGAAGCAGGAGCUUUCCGCUGAUUUAGCUGUUGACGUCCAAACGUUCAGCUUCUCUCGCUGCGUUUCAGGGCUGGUUUCCAGCCCGCGCCGCUGACUGCUCCAAAGUCCCAAACGGUUAACUUAGGUAACCCAGCAACGGUCCAGAAGCUUCUCUGGCUCUCCGUCCACAUUUACAUGCCUUUAAUCUGGGUCACUCAUUCAGCCAAUGAAGAACCCAACAAUGGAUCCUUUCUCUUACGUAAUGACGGCCCAGAGCUGCAGCAGCAGCAACCACAAGCUGCUCUUCGCUGUGAGACGGCCUUCACGCAGCCUCUGUUUCUGACAAGAACGUUAAAAAGGUUCUGUGUGGUUCUGACUGCAGCGCUCGGGUUGGUGUCAGAACGUCAGAGAGUCGUCUUUAAUUAGAUCCGGUGCUGUUGUUCGUUAAUGGACCAAACUGUGUCAGGCUAUACAGUGGAAGUGAAAAUAGUUCAGACUGCGUCCCAGCAGGUGUGGAGGUGUAAUAAUCUCCAGGAGGAGGCUCGGCUUCAGCGCUUCAGGAAGAGGAGCAUGGUCAGCUGACCCUGGCACGGCCCCGUUUGUAAAGCUGUUGUCUCUGUACGAUGUUCACUGUGACUCCACAGAUAUUUGCAAUAAAGCUUAACGAGGGCUCACGCCUCUCCUGAUAAAGA